AUGGGAAAGAAAAAAGAGAGACAGAAUGUCUUCCCUGAUGCUAAGAAGUUUAUGACAAAACAGAUAUACAAAAAGGGAGGCAGAAAGCCUUUCCGAAAAGCAAAUAGCUGUGCAAAGCGUCUGUCUGCCUUUGACCAACCAAGAGUUGGACGUUCAAUGGAAUCUAAGUUGGCAUCUUUAGGAAUUAAAACGUAUGGAGACUUGCAGUAUAUGACCAUGGCAAAACUUCAGAAAGAAUUUGGUCCCAAAACAGGUCAGAUGCUUUAUAGAUUCUGUGGCUUGGAUGAUAGACCAGUUCGAACUGAAAAGGAGAGAAAAUCUGUUUCAGCUGAGAUCAACUAUGGAAUCAGAUUUACUCAGCCAAAAGAGGCAGAAGCUUUUCUUCUGAGUCUUUCAGAAGAAAUUCAAAGAAGACUAGAAGCCACUGGCAUGAAGGAUAAAUGUCUAACUCUAAAAAUCAUGGUACAAAAGCCUGGGGCUCCUGUAGAAACUGCAAAAUUUGGAGGCCAUGGAAUUUGUGAUGACAUUGCCAGGACUGUAUCUCUUGACCAGGCAACAGAUAAUGGAAAAAUAAUUGGAAAGGUGAUGCUAAACAUGUUUCAUACAAUGAAAUUAAAUAUAUCGGAUAUGAGAGGGGUUGGGAUUCACGUUAAUCAGUUGGUUCCAGCUGAUCUGAACACUUCCACAUGUCCCAGUCACCCACUGAUUCAGUCAAGCCACUUUCCUCGUGGGUCACACUCUGUCCAUGAUGUCUUCCAAGUUUAGAAAGCUAAGAAAUCCACAGAAGAGGAGCACAAAGAAGUAUUUCUGGCUGCUGUGGAUCUGGAAAUAUCAUCUGCUUCUAGAACUUGCACUUUCUUGACACAUUUUCCUGCACAUCUGCCGACCAGUAUCAGUCCUGAUACUAACAAGACUGAGUCUUCAGGGAAAUGGAAUGGUCUGCAUUCUGUCAGUGUGCAGUCAAGACUUAACCUUAGUAUAGAGGUCCCGUCACCUUCCCAGCUGGAUCAGUUUGUUUUAGAAGCAUUUCCACCUGAUAUCCGGGAACAAGUAGAGCAAGUCUGUGCUGUUCAGCAAGCAGAAUCACAUGGCGACAAAAAGAAAGAACUAGCAAAUGGCUGUAAUACAGGAAUUUUGCCACAACCAGUUGGGACAGUGUUGUUGCAAAUACCAGAACCUCAAGAAUCGAACACUGACACAGGAAUAAACGUUAUAACCCUUCCAGCAUUUUCACAGGUGGACCCUGAGGUAUUUGCUGCCCUUCCUGCUGAACUUCAAAGGGAGCUGAAAGCAGCAUAUGAUCAAAGACAAAGGCAGAGAGAGAACAGCACUCACCAGCAGUCAGCCAGCGCAUCUGUGCCAAAGAAUGCUUUACUUCAGCUAAAGCCAGCAGCAGUGAAAGAAAAGAAACAAGAAAAAAAAAAAAAAAAACAAAACAAACCUAUCGGUUCCCCAAAAAGGAUUCAGAGUCCUUUGAAAAACAAGCUGCCUAACAGUCCCACAGAAACUCUGCCAGGGGCCUGCGGGAGUCCCCAGAAGUUAAUUGAUGGAUUUCUAAAACAUGAAGGACCUCCUUCAGAGAAACCCCUGGAAGAACUCUCUGCUUCUACUUCAGGUGUGCGAAGCCUUUCUAGUUUGCAGCCUGACCCAGCUGGCUGUGUUAGACCUCCAGCACCCAAUCUAGCUGGAGCUGUUGAAUUCAAUGAUGUGAAGACCUUGCUCAAAGAAUGGAUAACUACUAUUUCAGAUCCAAUGGAAGAAGACAUUUUGCAAGUUGUAAAAUACUGUACUGAUCUAAUAGAGGAAAAAAAUUUGGAAAAACUGGAUCUAGUUAUAAAACACAUGAAAAGGUUGAUGCAGCAAUCGGUGGAAUCGGUUUGGAAUAUGGCAUUUGACUUUAUUCUUGACAAUGUUCAGGUGGUUUUACAACAGACUUAUGGAAGCACAUUAAAAGUUACACAAAUAUACCCAGAGAGCCUGAUGCUCUCCGAUAGCUGUGCCAUAAGUGCUUGUGAGGUAUUUGCAAAGUGCAUGAUAGUAAUGCUCGGAGUUCUUAUAAUUUUAAAUUUCUUUUAAAGCAAGUGUUUUGUACAUUUCUUUUCAAAAAGUGCCAAAUUUGUCAGUAUUGCAUGUAAAUAAUUGUGUUAAUUCUUUUACUGUAGCAUAGAUUCUAUUUACAAAAUGUUUGUUUAUAAAAUUUUAUGGAUUUUUACAGUGAAGUGUUUACAGUUGUUUAAUAAAGAACUGUAUGUAUAUUUUG